CCUCUUGGCAGCCACCCAUCUUGUCAGCAGUGUCUCUUCCAAGCAGGAGUCCUCUUCAGAAACUCCUUGGGACCCCAGAAAGAGAAAAGACAUAGCAUUCCAAAAAAAGAGAGAGGGAUUUUCCGUCUGACACUGAGAUCAGUGUCCUCCCACCACCCCACCCUUGCCUGGACUGCUGUGUGCUGGAAGGCUGCCUCUUCCCACAGCACUUUGAAGAACAAAGUGACGACUUCUGAGCCCGGUGAUUCCCACACAAGAACUUGUUUUUUGAUCUAAAUCCAGUAGCAAAGGGAAUUCUGUGCUUUUGCACCUAGAUCUGCAGGACUAUCUCAGAAGAGCUGUUGGCUUCUGCGGUAGGAAUUCCUCCCCUUGGAUCUUCUGAACUUGACUUCCUCCAAGACCCAGUGACCCACCCAGUCUGCACUGAUUUGGAAGAUCCGUGGACACUACCCAGGGGGGCUGUUGAUUACUCUAAAGGAUUAGAGACUCAUCAUAAACUCCUUGGCAAUUCUUCCACUACUUUCAAGAGAUCUUGGAUCGGAUUUCCAGGCCUUGCCAACUUUCUCUUAAUCCGGAUCCACUUCUCUAAAAGGUCCGUUGGCGCUCUAAGAGCACUUUAAAUCUCCACCUAAGAGUUUAUUCCUUCUUUGCCUCGGAUUUCUUGAGUUGGAUCUUAUUUCCCAAGGACUCGUGGUGGGCCCCUUGCCGUACACCCAGGGCUGCCAACAUGUUCAGCUGGAUGAAGAAGAAUGAAAAGAAGAAUCCCGAGGUGAUCCACACAGUUACCGAGGGCCUGAAGGACCUUUACAAGAAAAAGCUCCUGCCCGUGGAGGAAUUCUACCGCUUCCACGAUUUCCAUUCACCCGCCCUGGAAGAUGCCGACUUUGACAAUAAGCCGAUGGUGUUGGUGGUUGGACAAUAUUCCACCGGCAAGACCACCUUCAUCAAAUACCUGCUGGAGCAGGAUAUCCCCGGGAGCCGGAUCGGACCUGAACCUACAACUGACUCUUUCAUUGCUGUCAUGCACGGCGAGACAGAAGGGAUCAUGCCCGGCAAUGCUCUCAUCGUGGAUCCCAAAAAGCCUUUCCGAAAACUCAAUCCCUUUGGAAACACUUUUCUCAACAGGUUCAUGUGUGCCCACCUGCCCAACCAGGUGCUGGAGAGCAUCAGCCUUAUUGACACCCCAGGGAUCCUGUCGGGUGCUAAACAGCGCGUGAGCCGAGGCUACGACUUCCCGGCCGUGCUGCAGUGGUUUGCUGAGCGCGUGGAUCUCAUCAUUCUCCUCUUUGACGCCCACAAGCUGGAGAUCUCCGAUGAGUUCUCAGAGGCCAUUCGGGCCCUCAAGGGCAACGAGGACAAGAUCCGGGUGGUCCUGAACAAGGCUGACAUGGUGGAGACGCAGCAGCUGAUGCGGGUCUACGGUGCACUCAUGUGGUCGCUCGGCAAAGUGUUCAAUACACCCGAGGUGCUGCGUGUCUACAUCGGGUCCUUCUGGUCGGAGCCACUGCUCAUCUCCGACAACCGACGGCUCUUUGAGCUCGAGGAGCAGGACUUGUUCACGGACAUCCAGAACCUGCCCCGGAAUUCUGCCCUGAGGAAGCUCAACGAUCUGGUCAAGAGAGCCCGUUUGGUCAGGGUGCACGCUCACAUUAUCAGCCACCUGAAGAAGGACAUGCCCUCUGUCUUCGGCAAGGAAAAUAAAAAGAAGCAACUUAUCAACAAACUGCCUGUCAUUUUUGCCACGAUCCAGCUCGAGCAUCACAUCUCACCCGGCGAUUUCCCCGACUGCCAAAAGAUGCAGGAGCUGCUGAUGGUUCACGACUUCAACAAGUUCCACGGACUGAAGCCACGCAUGAUGGAUGCUUUGGACGAGAUGCUGACCGCCGACAUUGCCAAGCUGAUGCCCCUUUUACGCCAGGAGGAGUUGGAAGUCCCCGAGCACGUGGUUCAGGGGGGCGCCUUCGACGGCACCCGCAAUGGCCCCUUUGUGGAAGGCGCGACCGAGGGGGCCUACGAAGGGAUGGAUGACGAAGAGUGGGUGGUGACCAAGGACAAACCCAAAUACGACGAGAUCUUCUACAAUCUCUCCCCGAUGGAUGGGAAACUGAGCGGGACGAAGGCCAAGAACUGGAUGGUCACCACGAAGCUGCCCAACUCCGUGCUGGGUAAGAUCUGGAAGCUCAGCGACGUGGACCGCGAUGGCAUGCUGGACGAUGAGGAGUUUGCUCUCGCCAGCCACCUCAUCGAGGUCAAAUUGGAGGGCCACGGCCUGCCCUCCGAUCUGCCCCGCCAUCUUGUGCCACCCUCCAAACGCCGACAGAAGGGGUCGGCCGAAUAAGAUGGCCUUCCAAUCUUGCCCCGCUCUGUACCAGGCUUGAACUUCUCCAGUAGGCCAUGGUCGCGCUCCAACUUUCCAUUAUCCAGCCACGUCUCGCUUACGGCAGCAUUUCCCCAGGCUUGGAACUCCUGGAGAAAGCCUCAUUCUCCCGUAAACAGCAUCAGGAGAUCCUCAUUCACUCUGAAACAAAACUUCGGCUAUACUUUCUGCUUCCUCCUCUAUUCCUGCCAGGCUCAAAAAAAAGAAAAGAAAAAAGCUUGCCGUUCCUCUUCUUGCAAGCUUCGCUCCUCCAGGCCUGGUUUGAACUUCUUUGGUCGGCUUCCUAGCGAAAGCUCUCCGUGUCGCUCUUGAGGACCGCUUGAGCUGUGCCAGCGAUUAUAUGAAUUUUCACCUGUAUCAGACUUCUCCUGGCGGUCUGCUCGUUCAGAAGGAGCCAGGCUAAAACUGCUGCGCUUGGCUUCGCUUCGCCAUUUAUAUCAUUCAGGAACUAUUUGUGUAAGACGGUUUCACAGUCAUAGUUUCACUCGUAUCAGAGUAUGAAAGACCCGUCUCCAAACUGCGUUUGACCAGGACCAUCUUUGAUAGGCCUCAGACCUUCUGCUGGCUGAGACCAAAGACCGCAGCCCACUUUGCUGUUCUGUUAGAAUGCAUCUUUUCAGUGUUACCCUCCACUAUGAGAUUAAUCGCACCUUGGCCCCCUUUAGGUCUUGGGUUCAGGGUCCGCCGUUCAUUUCCACUCGAUGCCUUAGCCUCACAAUACAGCUUCGUUGAACACCGGAGUAUUGGACCAAAUUAAAGGAACCGGUGAGUUGAGUUUUGCAGGAGGCGGCGUUUGCGCUCGUUUACUUUGCCAUCCUUACGAGUAAGAUCGGGUGAAAUCCCAUCUUUUAAGUAAUGUUGCUUACGUCAGGGGCCUGGCUGCAAACAUACCUGUUUUUAGGUAUGAAAAUAGUAGUGGCCAGUAGGAGCGGGGAAGGGCUCUUUUCCUCUGGGGAACCAAGCAGCAGGACGUAGAAGAUGCUCUGGGCAGCCUUCCCAGGGCUGGCGACAUCCCAGCUUACCGCUCUGAAGGGCUGUCGUUCACAGAGAGGCAAAAAAAGUCUUCCCUUUGCCUGGAGGGGGAAUGCAUAGUCCCUGCCUCAAAACAACAGGUGUUUCCCCUGCUCUCUUUCUGGAAAGGAGCAGUUGUAGAAUCUCCUUGAGCAAGGGGAGCGUGCAGAAAAUAACGCAGCUGUACUUCUCACGUAUGUGGGAUUCCAGCAAAGACCAAACAAUGGCAUUAGGCAACCCAGCCUUAGCAAGCAGAGUUUAGGGCGGGGUCCUUGGCCGGUCAAUUAUUUCAUUUAUUAUUGGAGAAGGGAAGGGCCAUUUUAAUUUACUUCCAACGGCAUCCAAAUAUCUUGGGCCAUGCUUGGGAUCAAGCAGGGCUGUUUCCCCAGGGAAGCACCGGCAAACUUCUUCGCGCAAGUGCUGCUUUGCUGCCUGUGGCCGUUGCGUCAGGGACCGAAUAAAGUCCUGGUGGCCACAUCCAAAGCGCUCCGCCGGGCCCUCGUGCUGGCUCGAUGGCGCAGCCUCCUUUCCUUCCUACAAACUGCUGAAGGCCACACCCCAAAGCCCCCUGGGACUCAGCCAGAACCGGACACGAUGCUCUUUUUCCUGGUAAGAGUCUAGGGAGAGGCUGCUGCUCUCGAAGCCCAGGAGGAUCCAUUCAGAUACAAGGGUGAGACUAUUGCAGCGGUUGGGCAAGUCGACUGGGGCGUGGGUGUCUGAUAAAACAGCCUGUGCCGUGAAGCAAGAGAGCAGGCAUGGCAUGACGAGAGCUGAAUGGAAGGGGAAUUGGGGCUCCGUAAAUGAAGGAGCUUGAAGCUGCAGGUCACUACCAGAACUUCUAGGCAAUAAUAAUAACAACUUUCAAUUUAUAUACCGCCCUUCAGGAUAACUUAACACCCACUCAGAGCGGUUUACAAAGUAUGCUAUUAUUAUCCCCACAACAACAGUCACUCUGUGAGGUGGGUGGGGCUGAGAGAGCUCUGAAAGAGCUGUGACCGAGCCAAGGUCACUCAGUUGGCUUCAAGUGGAGGAGUGGGGAAUCAAACCUGGUUCUCCAGAUUAGAGUCCUGCCGCUCUUAACCUCUACACCAAACUGGCUCUCAAGAGACGAGCUUCCCAAGAUGGCAAACUUUUAUAGGGAGUCCUAGCCAAUUGGGAAGCCAGACUGGAAGCCUAUUAGGGGCUUGAACAAUGGUGCAAAGGGGAGAUGCCCCGUUGCUUCCUAGAGCGGGCUGUUUUGCAAUUGUUUCUGACCAGGAACAAGCGUUAAAUCAGUGGUCAUUGGGGGACUGAUUGCCUGGGCUCUUCCGGAGCUCUGUACAGGUUUCCUCUAUCAGAUGUCACUAAAAGUGAGCAAGCUCUUGCGAAAGGCAGCUUGCCUCCCGCUGAUGUAAAAGGCAAGGCCACAGGGUAGGGUGGAUUUAGGCACGUUCUCACUUCCAGCAGGGUAAAACUGAAGCCCUGACGACCAGCCCUAGAUGCAGGUGUACCCCCUCUUCCAAAUACCACGUUUUGCACAGGAUAUCAAGGAUGGUCCUUAUUCUGAUGCUCCUUUGUUAUUCAAAUGUUUCACCUCGGCUGGUUUCCUUGCAAAACACGCACACGCAUUUUAGCAAUGCUUCUACCCAAGCCCUGGCCUGGAUCCUUUCUGUAGCAGGUGGGAGACCUGCUCUUUGGUGCUAGACCCAAGCCAAGAGUUGUGUUGGGGGAAACGUUUUCCUCCCUUUUCCACCCCAACACCCCUGCAUGCCCUUUUCCUUACUGAGAUGACUGGUGUAAUGUGUUGUCCCCAUGUGGCGCUCUUUAUUAUCCAGGGGUAAUAUGGGGUAGAGAUGGGACUAUCUAUAUGACUAGCAUGCUGGUUUUAGGUUCAACUCAUGUGGCUUCCUUCAAAGAGUCCCAGGAGUUCUCAUCUGGUGACAGCACUGAGAAUUCUCCCCCUGCCCAGAGCUACAGUUCCCUGGGAAGAAGGAAUAACUGUUAUCCCAUCUGAAUUCUGUAGUGUAAAUAUGCCUUCCAUGCCUAUGUAGUGGAAAACUGGAGAGCUAACUAAAGAAACAGAGGACACGAUGUUCUUCCUCCCUUCUCAGGUGCUGCAAAACAGCUUGGCAGCCACAUCUCUAUGAUUCUUUGGAUUACUAUGAACCCUUCCUAGGCAGCUCUGUGUGUAUUCCAGGAAGAAGGGGAAAAAGUUAGGAAGCCCAGAUUCUGACACUGGAAUAUAUCAAGCAGCAAACGCAACGGCCUAAAUCUUGGAUGUCCAACUUUUCACCUUUAGGGUUUCUGUGUUUUAAUAGAUCCAGAGGAGUUAGCCGUGUUAGUCUGUAGUAGCAAAAUAGUAAAGAGUCCAGUGGCACCUUUUAAGACUAGCCAAUUUUAUUGUACAUAAGCUUUCGAGAGCCACAGCUCUUAUCGGCAGAUGCAUCAUCAGCUUUUGAGAACCACAGCUCUCUUUGUCAGAUGCAUCGCCAGCUUUUGAGAACCACAGCUUGUCAGAUGCAUCUGACGAUGCAUCUGAUGAAGAGAGUUGUGGUUCUCGAAAGCUGAUGAUGCAUCUGAGCAAGAGAGCUGUGGUUCUCAACAGCUUAUGCUACAAUAAAGUUGGUUAGUUUUAAAGGUGCUAUUGGACUCUGCUAUUGUGUUUUAAUAGGUCUGCAGAUAUAAUAAGGGAAUGCUGGGAGCUAGUCCCUUCCUAGAUUUCCCUUUUCUGCUUUAUAGUGAAUGGCUCGUAAGCCCUAAUAUUGCAAUUCUAGUCAUCCAAGGCUUCAGUACUAGCUCUGGCCUGUUUGUGAGCAUCUUUGACUCAUUGGCUGAACUGCUGUGAUAUCACAACGUGCACGAGCAUUUUAGAGGAAGGGAGUGACACCCCACCCCCGCCACAACUCCUUAUGCCAAUUCUUUGACUGGUCAUCUCUAGUUAAGUGAAUGUGUACAUGUUUGCUUAGACUUGCAUAAUUCCACUACUGUCGUUGAAAUUUUUCACAUAUUUUCUUAAAAUGAAGGAGAUGAUAAAAGUUGGAUGUUGGAAGUGAAAAGACAAGGAAAGUUUCCAACCAUUUCUCCAAAAUCAGGUGGUCUAGAAAUUUGCUUUUAAAAGUGAUGAGGUUCUCAGGAUCUCACCGGCAUAGCAAACUUACUAUUGUAUGGAACACACAAAACGUUGCCUUGACAGCUGUCUCUUUCAGUAGCUGGCCAGUUUUGCUGUCUAGCAUCUCCACAACUGAAGCAGCAGGGUUCAUCCAGUCUCUGUGGCCAGAUCAAGUAACUUCUUGUACAAACACUGAGCAUGGAGCAUAUGAGGAAAAACUAAACUUUGAUUCCAUCCUCAAUGCUUCAUGCAUAUUUAUUUAACUCUUUCACUGCAUUUCACAUCAGCUGGUUCUUUUCUCCAUGUUAUGAUUAGUGUUACAAAAACCACAAGUGUUAAGUCAUAUUUAACAUCAACACAUACCUGCCUAGCUUGCUUGGAGUUUGAUUGGGUGAGUAGAUGCUUUAGGAGAGAGACUUGGUUGAAGGUUUGUACCUGGGAAAAGUCCAAGGACUGCAUCAAAGACGGGUACAUGAAAUUGGCAUGUUCUUAUCGGAAGGCCCAUGUGAAAUUGGUGAGGCUGAUAUAUCCCUAGACUUUACUUAUUCCUAGGACGUAACUUGAAGUGUGAACCUCCACAGCCCAUGGUGUAACGGGGGUCCUAUCUUUUACUCAGAGCUGGCACCUAUUAUCAACAGCACCACAAGGUGAAAUUCUGAGCUUUGCACCUCAGUUUCACAGCCGGAUUGCAAACUCUCCAUACAAAAUAUGAAUAUGCUGCUUGCUUGUGUGUACUCUGUUUUGCCAGGUUCAUUCCACCUCUAAUGUGCACACCCAUGUUUUUGCGUCUCCAAGGACACCCUUAAGCAUUAUAAUGCAGGUCUGCCCAGCCGUCCUUUUCCAUCCUGGAGCUGUCUCAUCCGCUGAAGUGAUAAGGCUCGAGGUCGGAUCUCCCUCGAAGCUCUGAAAUGGGCAGUUGAAAAUUUCAUUCCAGUUGGAGAACUCUAAUGAACUUUGCUGACCAACUGAGUCUAAUGAAAUGGCUGCUGGGGUUGUUGGCACCCAGGGGUGCCCUCUGGGUUCCAGGAAGGUCUUGCUACUUCUCUGAUGUGCCUUGGGGAGUAUAACAACAUUGCUACUGCAAUAAAACACAUUGUAUUUACCAGCCUGA